AAAUAGAAUACAUCAAAAAUCAUAAGAUACAACACUUAAUGAUAGGCAUAAAUUACUAAUAAGCAAAUAAAUCAUAUUGUUGAUCUCUGGCAAAUUUCAGGGACUUGCCCUGAAACAUCAAGGGCCGCAUUUGCAAAUCCCGGUAUGUGGUGUGAUACUUGUGCGCGCAUUUGUGUCGUGGUGUGUAGAUUUAUUACACCCUUAUCCGCGAACGGCCGUGUUCCCGCGACACCCACGCAGCCCAGCGCUUCCCAAGCCCUGCGCAUUGUGUGCCGCCGGCGCAGCCUUGUGCGCGGGAGUUGCCGCUCCAGUGCCUCGGCAGACCCAGGCAGAGCUCCCAUUCAAGCGCCUGAUUCGGCGUGUGCCGCGCGGACUCGGCCGCUGCCGCCGCACCGUUACCCGGGAGGCAGCUUCCUUCACCUGCCCUGUUGGAGAAGGGCGGGCGGGGAAAAAGAAAGCCAAGACCGGCUGGGUCUGCUCAGAGGCGCCCCCGGCCCCGGCAAUGCCCGGUUUCCUGCCGCUGCGCGAGAGACAAAGGCAAGCGGGCCGCCUUUCCGGCGCUCCAAUUCCCCCCCCCCUCCCCGAGCGCGGCCCAGGCCGAUCCUCGGGGCUCGCGCGGCGGGGGGCAGAGUCCGGCUCCGCUGGGCGCCUGGGGCCAAAAACGCGCGCAGGCCUGUAAGGCGCGGCUGGGAGGAGGAGGAGGAGGCGCCGCCGUCGCGUGAGGUAAGAGUGGCCGGCCGGUGCCAGGCGAGCGGGACGAAGCGAGCUUGCGGUCCCCGAGAGGGGCGGGCCGCGCGGCUUUGGCACUGGCGCCCAGAGCGGAGCGUUGGUCAAAGGGCGGCGCGCCAGUAGUAACAGCAGCGGACUGGGCGGCUCCGCUCCUCCGCGGGUCCUGCCCGGAGGCGGCGUCUCCCGGGCUCGCCACAUCCUGGCCCUGGUCGAGCUCCUGGUCCGGCCGCCCGAGGGGACGCGGAUGGAGUCUAUUUUAAGAGAGGAUCCAAAUUGGCUUGUGCCUAAACCAGGACCUCUUGGUGCCAUGACAUCAGAAACCGAAAAAGCUGAUGUUGUGAAUGGACUAGCACUAAAUAUAAACCAACAUGAGAAAGAUCAGGAAUCAGGCAAAAUCUGUACUGGAAAAGGAGCUGUGACCCUUUGGGCAUCUCCAGCUUCUGAGAAGAGUCCCCGGGUUAGCCAUCCAAAGUCUACACAAGACAGCCAGCAUCCCAAAAUUCAUUCAGCCGAACAGCAAGGAGAAACCAACACAGAUGGCUGGAGAAGACUUUCUGGUGUUGACUCAAAUCGGGAGAUUCUGUCUGUGAAGGAUUAUUGGAGUGUAAGACCAAACCUCGCAGAGAGCAAGCCACGCGCUGCCACCUCCUCUCCUACCACCUCAGUUCAAACUGAGAUUAUAACAGGGUCUUUCCAACAGAUUCAGCCAGGCAGAGAAGAAGCCAGGCCAAGCACCUCACCGGCGCCUCUCCGCCAUUUUGACCAAGGUUUAGAAAUUUCAAACGACGUGUCUCCUGGUUUCCUUCUGGCCCUUCCAACGCUAGAUGAUUUCAUUCCCCCUCACCUCCAGAAAAUUCCCAGCCACCAGUACCCAUUGUUUUCACCUCAGCCUGCACUACACACUCAGGCAAAGCUACCUUCACUCUCAUCACCACCUCCUCAACUGAUCCCUCCAGCCACAGAAACCUCAAGCAGCAUUUUGGAGACUGAAAGCACAGGAAUGGUCUUUCAAACAGAUACCUGCCCCCAGCCACAUGAAGCCUCCAAGCCCAGUGGUGGCCCUGCUGUCUCAAUGACGAUCAACAGAUCUUUGGGUGUUUACCCUUCUACCACGAUUGUUAACCCUACAAUUGUCCUUCUGCAGCACAACAGAGCAGAGCAGCAAAAAAGGCUUAGUAGCCUUGCAGAUUCAGUGCCUGAUCCACCAGUCGUUGAGAAAGUAGUUGGUGUUUCUCUUCGACCGAAGUUAAAUCCAAGCAAGGAAGAUGCAGUAGAGGAGCAGAAGCGAAUUGUGAACAAUUCUCAACCUAUGGAUGAUGAUUCUUUGGAUUCCAUAGGCAUUCCACUAAGAAAUUCAGAGCGAUCCAAGGACUGGUACAAGAUAAUGUUCAAACAAAUCCACAGAUUGACAAAAGACCCUCCUGAAGAAAACCCUUAUUGCCCUACCUACAUAUUCCCUGAGCUUCCUGCUUUUCAACCCAAAAGCAAAGAUGAAGAUUCUGAUUCAUAUUUUCCACAGGACUACUUUGACAAAGAAGGAGAAACUUCAGUGCCCCGUUCCAAGAGCGAGAAUGAUACCAUCAACACAGACAAGAUAAUGAAGAGAUCAGCCACCUUGCCAUUGCCCACUCGCUCUUCAUCUCUUAAAGAGAGGAAUGAUUGGGAGCCUCCAGACAAAAAAAUAGACUCGAGGAAGCACUGGGCUGACCCUAGAAGCAUUUAUGAUUAUCGUCCAGGGAUGUCCUCAGUUCUGGACAAUGAAACAUUGCCUCGGGAUAUAAGCCCAGAAGAGAUAGAUUUAAAGAAUGAACCUUGGUAUAAAUUCUUUUCGGAAUUGGAGUUUGGGAAACCGGUUGAUCCAGGAAAAAACCACUGCCUCUAUCAUACUGAAUUAGAUGCAGAUAUAGGCAAAAUGGAGGAGCUUUAUAAAGCCCCAGAUCAAAAGCAACUGAAGAAUGCAGCAAGCUCCCCACCGCCGGAAAGCCUUUCAGAGCAGUUGUCUCCCUGCCAUCCUGUAAAAAAAGAGUUGGAAACAGAAUUUGGACAUUCCACUGGGCUGGGAAAUGAAAGACUGAUUUAUAAAAGUGUUUUGGAAGGAGGAGAUAUCCCCUUGCAAGGGUUGAGUGGCUUGAAGCGUCCAUCCAGUUCAGCAUCCACAAAAGUAGAUUCAGAAUCACCGAGACAUUUUGCAACGCUCGAUUAUGUAGAGAGUCCUGAAGAAAUGUACCAAAAGCGCAGCAGUGAUAAAGAGAAACUUUUAGAGGACCAGAGACGGCUUAAACGUGAGCAAGAAGAGGCUGAUAUUGCAGCCAGAAGGCACACGGGGGUUAUUCCUACGCACCAUCAGUUUAUCACUAAUGAGCGCUUUGGGGACCUUCUAAUUAGAGACGAUACAAUCAAAAGGAAAUCUGGGGCAGAGAUGAGAGCUGCCAGAGUGAAGUUUGACUUCAAAGCCCAGACAUUAAAGGAACUCCCAUUACAGAAGGGCGAUAUUGUUUACAUUUAUAAGCCGAUUGAUCAGAACUGGUAUGAAGGCGAACACCAUGGCCGAGUGGGCAUCUUUCCGCAAUCUUACAUAGAGUUACUUAACCCAACAGAAAAAAUCCAAACUAAAAAAACGUCAUCCUUGCAAAUCUUGGAAUAUGGAAAUGCAAUUGCCAAAUUCAGUUUCAGUGGAGAUACUGCUGUGGAAAUGUCCUUCAGGAAGGGAGAAAGAAUCACACUGAUUCGACAAGUGGAUGAGAACUGGUAUGAAGGGAAAAUCCUUGGCACCAGUCGCCAGGGCAUCUUCCCUGGCUCUUAUGUGGACAUACUUAAGCACCCAGUGCUGAAAGACUCAUCAGGCUAUGCCUACCAGCCACCAAAUUGCAGCAUGGCUUUUCCAAAGCCUUCACUGAGGCCAGGACCCGAACUCACAGAAUCGGAAAAGAACUAUGUGCAACCACAAGUCCUGCCAUUAGAAACUGGCCUGGACCGGAAUCAUGCCACACGAGAAAUGCUUACCUAUCGAGCACUUUACAGCUACAUCCCGCAGAACGAUGAUGAGCUGGAGUUAAGAGAUGGAGAUAUCAUCGAUGUUAUGGAAAAGUGUGAUGAUGGCUGGUUUGUUGGCACAUCAAGGAGAACCCAACAGUUUGGGACUUUCCCAGGAAACUACGUGAAACUACUAUCCCUUUAGAAGCCACGGGCUACCUCUUCGUCUCAUCUGGAGGAGGACCCGAUUAGUGUGAGACCCUUUUUAAAACGAUCCUUGGGGAAAGAGAAGUUUUGAAUGGAGUAGUCGAGACAGUAGGCGUGCACAUGGAACGUGGUGAAAUGCUGGAGUUGUGCUGCAAAGUUCCUGCUUCCUUAGAACGCGUACGGAAGAGAGGAGACAGGAUGAUAAGCCGUGAUACUCUGCUGUGUUUCUGUUUUUAUUCAGCUACCGGAGGGGGGGAGGGGGGGGAGAAUAACAGAAGGAAACACAACAGGGUUUCUGUUGGACAGAGGAAGAAAAGGAGAGAGACUGCCAGGAGCAGAGGGUGUAGAUUGCUCAGACAUCCUGCAGCUUUUGUUUGCUCUUUAUAGGAAAAGGCCAAGUUGUCAUGGAGCUCCUCCUCUCCCAAGGACCUAAAAAAAACAAACCCAGAAGGAAUUGUAGCCCCACAGCAUCUGAAAGGCCAGGCCUGCCCCACGCUUGUUCUAGUACUUGACAGAUUCCAAACUAAACGGCUAGAACAAAGGAAGAUGGAAUCGAUGUUCCGCCAUAGUCUAUUUGGAUUUAUUCUGCAAAAUAUUCCUGAACGUGCCUUUCUAGAACUGAUAAUAUAUGUAAUUUCUGGCUGCAUCUUUUUUUUCUUCUUCUUCAAUAAACUAGAAAUUCGGUCAACUUCUACUGUGCACACUUGAUUGAGAGUAAACCCCAUUGAAUUGAUUGACAUUUUCCCAUUACUGGACUUUAUUUCUGUUUUUUAUAGUCAUUUGGAUGGUGAAUUGCAUAAUGAUACACUAAAAUAAACCUUGUUUCUGCUGUGUUUUAUAGUUUAUAGGGAUUCACAUUCAGCAUACUUUCUUUCUCUUAUACAUUCGUCUCCAGAAUAGAAGUGUUUCGUUUUCUUCAUCCCGAGAUCAGCCAAAAACAGCAACUGAAGUGCUUUAAUAAUAUGAUUGUAGAUAUGUAUAUUCCCUUUGUAAAAACGUAUAAAUCUUAUAUUGCAAAUUGAAAUAUAAAGCAGAGUCUUUUAAAAACAGUUUGAGGAGGACGCUUCCGUUUUAUUUAUUAUCACACUAAAUAAAUUAGUACUUGGGCUACAAAACACUGUUUUUCAACACUUUGCAUCAGUGCUUCUAUUGCACUAAAAUGGCUUAGUGCGUUAAGCGGCUUUGUGCUGAAGCUUCUAGAAUGCCAUCCAUUUCUAGGCUUGAAACAGCUGAGGUCACUUGAGACCACAGACGGGCUGCUAGUUCCCAAAACACCUGUAGGUGGCACAGCUAAUCACAAAACAACCCCUUUACUACAAGGCGAACAAGCGCUUUCAGGGGUUGCAAGUCAUCCUAGUGGGUUGGCAAAGGCGUUGCUAUAGCUCAAAAAUCCUAUUUAUUUUAUUUAGUAAUAUAUUAAAAAGAGGUGUAGUCUACCCUGUUUUAAGGGAUAUUUGAAUAUUUUUAUUUUUGGAUUG